AUGAUACAGCUCAUGACAGUUGGGAGCUUGCUGCUCCUUGCCUGGCUGUCGAUCGCGCACGCCUUCGCAUUCCAGGAGGUGUCGGUGGAUGCCAACGGCGAUGUUCAAGAGCUGUCUGCCUCAGCGACGAGCAACUUGCAGAUGAUGGAGCGGCGGGCACAAAGUCAAGCGGCCAGAGGGGCGCUCCUGCGUGCCGAAUUGCCAAAGUGUCCCGUGAGCGAGUACAUCCCCGUGGGGGACGACUGCACAUGUGAGUCGGAGACUUGCAAAAAGGACCAGUUCUGCUAUUCUCCCGACGAUGGCAAGGACAAGUGCUUAGAUGAACAGAAGACGGAUCCGUACCUCAUCGAUGUGCAUGGCUUCACAAAGAACUUGGGUCCCUCCACUCAGAGGAACGGGGCCAUCGGAGGUCGCAAGUUCACCUUCACGAAGAAGAAGGACGACUCCCUCCUGCGGAUUCUGUACACGGAUACUUUUCGUGUUAUUUGUCACAGCAGAAAAUACCAUGGACGCUGGAUCGAUGGCUGUGCAGCCCGAUGGGAGAUCAAGAUAGAUGGACAGUCCUGCCCAAGCGGGGGCAUAUACCAGGACUGGUACGUCCAUCGGUUCCAAGAUCCCCAUCGCACACAGUCUUUCGGGGGCGUGUGCAAGGGGGUCAGCGAAGGCAAGCACACUCUGGAGGUUUUCGUCUACAAGACUCCCUGGCAUCACCAGUGGAACAUCAAUUACCCCUACACGGGCUGGAGUGCUCAUCAUGGGACCGCGAAAGCGACGGUGCACAUGGAGGUCCAGGAGAUCCCAGAGUCUUACCCACUCUUUCACUAUGCGACGGGCACACAGAUGGAUGGCAGAGAUUCUGGCUGGGUCAAUGCGCGCGUUAUCUCUUUCAAAAAGCUUUACGACGACAGCAACUUGCGCCUGUGGUAUGUCGACAACCAUCGCGUUAUGCAGCACCAUCAUCAUCAUGGCGCUGGCUCAUGUCGGUGGGAAAUUCGGAUCGAUGGGCAAUCAUGUCCGUCCGGAACGAUCCUUGGAGAUUUGUACAUCCACAGGCAUGAGAACCCACAUCGACCAAAAAGCAUGGUCGGAUACUGCAACGGGCUCGAAGCUGGCGAUCACAAGGUGCAGGUGCACGUGUCCACAACGCCAGGAUUGCAUCGCAGCGAUUGCUUCACCGGGUGGCACAGUGCUCGCUGGAUCCUCGAAGCCGAGGAGAUCCCGAAGCAAUAUGACAUGGUUCACUACAACAUGCAGCACCAGACGGAUCACAGAGAACACGGUAUCUUGAACAAUUACAAGGUCACAUUCCAAAAGAUCUUCGGCAGCAGUAGUGUUACGUAG